GCAAUACCAAUGGCACUUGACCAAAAUGUCGGACUCGGUGAAAGUUUAAUGACGCCAAUGGUCCUUAUUGUUUACCAUAAAGUUCCGGGAUUUUCGUCGCUGAAAUGGCAUCGAUUAGUGCAUAAAGGAGAAAGCUAUUCUCCGAGUUCGCCUGUGAAAAUCGGUUCAAUGAGGAAACAGGAGGUGGUUUUUUUUCAUACUCGUUCUUCAUUAAUUUCCGAUCUCACAUUAUGCCUCUAUGAACCAGGCGAAGAAUUAUCCGAUGAUUGGUUCAACCGCGUGAUCAGGAACCCGUCACUUCUUCAAAUCCGUGGGUGGAAGCGAGUGGGAGCGACUGAUUUAUCCAAGGCCAGUUUAAACUUGGCCGAACCGGACCCGUGUCUUAUCCGGUCAAAGGGAUGUCAUUCGAUCAAUCAAUCGCGCGAUCGCGUGAUGUUGAACGAAAAAGGUGAAAGGAAUCAAGGAGAAAUGAAACUUUUUGAUCGGAUAGAUAUGAUUAUAAAUUGGGUUAGAGCGGAACUACGAGUGCAUCAG